AGCAGCUCCAGGCAGCGGCGCCGGAGGGAGAGAAAGAAGGGACAGUGCUCAGCUUGGGCGGCCCGGACCCUCCCCGCAGCGUUUGGAGCCGGGGGCCGCCCCGAAGUCUGCGCUUGGCACCGCCGCUUGAACUAGGGCAGCGCCUGCUGGGACCCCGACCCGGACUCCCUGCGCCUUGUAGGCGGCGGCGGCGGCCGCGCCGCCGCGCCAUCCAGCUCUUACGCGGUCUCCCUGUGUUUGGCGGCAGUCACGGCCAAGGAGCCCAGAUGCCUGAGAUUUUAUCUCUAACUUUAAAGGUGGCAGGACCAGUAGCUGGAGGUUCUUACCUGGAGCUAGGACAGUAAGAGGUUUUUGGAUGCUGUGAAGAGUUCUGCACCCUUGCAGAGGAGGGGUUUAUAGCUCCUGAUGGACUUGGAACUGACAAGCAGAUGCCUUUCAGGGGGCAGGGAUCCAUUAGGGAAGCUGCACUGAUUGUCAUUGGAUGCUGAGGCCCAGAGAAGUUUAUGACCAGGAGUGGAUCACAGGCCAUCCCCAAACCAGUCCCUGGCAAAGGAGAAUCGUGUUGCUCCAGCACUCCGAGACCAACCGUGACUAACGCCCCACAGCUGGAGGUCCCAUCCCAGGGCAUAGUGCUGCCUCACUGUCUUAGUCCACGAGGGCUGCUGGGACACAGUACACAGGCUGGAAAGUAUUAUGAGGGAGGCCGAGGACCCCGUGCUCCGGGCAGAGAAGCGGUGCUGGGAUUAGGGGUUGCCACUUCUGAGAGGAUGCUGGGAAUCUGCAGAGGGAGACGGAAAUUCCUGGCUGCCUCGCUGACCGUUCUCUGCAUCCCAGCCAUCACCUGGCUUUACCUGUUCGCCGGGAGCUUGGAAGAUGGGAAGCCGGUGUCCCUGUCGCCGCCGGAGUCGCCGCCGCACAGCCCCCGGUACGCCGCCGCCGGCCAGCGGGAGCGCGAGAGCCUGGAGGUGCGCGUGCGCGAGGUGGAGGAGGAGAACCGCGCGCUGCGCCGGCAGCUCAGCCUGGCGCAGGGCCGUGGCCCGGCGCACCGCCACGGCAACCACUCCAAGACCUACUCGGUGGAGGAAGGAACCGGGGACAGCGAGAACCUUCGCGCCGGCAUCGUGGCGGGCAACAGCUCCGAGUGCGGGCAGCAGCCGGUCGUGGAGAAGUGUGAGACAAUCCACGUUGCUAUCGUCUGUGCCGGGUAUAAUGCCAGCCGCGACGUUGUCACCUUGGUCAAGUCUGUCCUGUUUCACAGGCGGAACCCCCUGCACUUCCACCUCGUCGCCGACUCCAUCGCGGAGCAGAUCCUGGCGACGCUCUUCCAGACCUGGAUGGUUCCCGCCGUGCGUGUGGACUUCUACAAUGCAGAUGAGCUCAAGUCUGAAGUGUCCUGGAUCCCCAACAAACACUACUCUGGCAUUUAUGGUCUGAUGAAGCUCGUCCUGACCAAGACUCUUCCUGCCAACCUGGAGAGGGUCAUUGUCCUUGACACAGAUAUCACCUUUGCGACCGACAUUGCAGAGCUAUGGGCCGUGUUCCACAAAUUCAAAGGUCAGCAGGUCCUGGGCUUGGUCGAGAACCAGAGUGACUGGUACCUGGGAAACCUGUGGAAAAAUCACCGCCCUUGGCCUGCCCUCGGAAGGGGCUACAACACAGGAGUGAUCCUGCUGCUUCUGGAUAAGCUACGGAAGAUGAAAUGGGAGCAGAUGUGGAGGCUGACCGCAGAGAGGGAGCUGAUGGGCAUGCUCUCCACCUCCUUAGCUGACCAGGAUAUUUUCAAUGCCGUCAUCAAACAGAACCCCUUCCUCGUGUAUCCACUCCCCUGCUUCUGGAACGUGCAGCUGUCGGACCACACCCGCUCUGAGCAAUGCUACAGGGAUGUGUCUGAUCUGAAGGUCAUCCACUGGAACUCCCCCAAGAAGCUGCGGGUGAAGAACAAGCACGUGGAGUUUUUCCGCAACCUCUACCUGACCUUCCUGGAGUACGACGGCAACCUCCUGAGGCGAGAGCUCUUCGGCUGCCCCAGUGAAGCUGAUGUCAACAGUGAAAACCUCCAGAAGCAGCUCUCUGAGCUCGAUGAGGAUGACCUGUGUUAUGAGUUCCGGCGAGAGCGGUUCACUGUCCACCGAACCCACCUGUACUUCUUGCACUAUGAGUAUGAGCCUGCUUCGGACAACACGGAUGUCACCCUGGUCGCUCAGCUCUCUAUGGACAGGCUCCAGAUGCUCGAGGCCAUCUGCAAGCACUGGGAGGGACCCAUCAGCCUGGCCCUCUACCUGUCGGACGCCGAAGCCCAGCAGUUCCUCCGCUACGCGCAGGGCUCCGAGGUGCUCAUGAGCCGCCACAACGUGGCCUACCACAUCGUGUACAAGGAGGGCCAGUUCUACCCUGUGAACCUGCUACGCAACGUGGCCAUGAAGCACGUGGGCACGCCCUACAUGUUCCUGUCUGACAUCGACUUCCUGCCCAUGUAUGGGCUCUAUGAGUACCUCAGGAAGUCUAUCAUCCAGCUCGAUCUUGCCAACACCAAGAAGGCGAUGAUCGUCCCUGCAUUCGAGACACUGCGCUACCGGCUGUCUUUCCCCAAGUCGAAAGCGGAGUUGCUGUCAAUGCUGGACAUGGGAACUCUCUUCACAUUCAGGUACCACGUCUGGACAAAAGGCCACGCUCCCACAAACUUUGCCAAGUGGCGGACUGCCACCACGCCUUACCGUGUUGAGUGGGAGGCCGAUUUCGAGCCGUACGUUGUCGUGAGAAGGGACUGCCCUGAGUACGACCGGAGGUUUGUGGGCUUUGGCUGGAACAAGGUGGCUCAUAUCAUGGAAUUGGAUGCCCAGGAAUAUGAAUUCAUCGUGCUGCCCAAUGCCUACAUGAUCCACAUGCCUCAUGCCCCCAGCUUCGAUAUCACCAAGUUCCGGUCCAACAAGCAAUACCGCAUCUGUCUCAAAACCCUGAAGGAAGAGUUUCAGCAGGACAUGUCCCGCCGCUACGGCUUUGCUGCCCUCAAGUAUCUCACGGCUGAGAACAACAGCUAACACCAGGAAGCCCACCACUAGGGGGAGAGACCUGUUCUGCCGGGGGAACGCCACUCGCCGUUUGGGGCCCAGACUUCAAACUCAAAAUUGAGCAAUGCUUUUUUGGUUUGUUUUUACUUGUCUCUUUGGCCCAACAAAGCCGCCCACACUACAGAGAUCUGGGACAAGGAUCCGGCCGGCGCCUCUCUACUCCACAAUCUGGCACUCCCAGAAUGUGGAAGAACAGCUCGUCGACACAGUCUCUUCAAGAACAGGACACAGAGGAGUUAGAGGGAGCAAAGGGGUUAUCCGACCACAAAGCCACAAAACGAAGCAGGUCUUUAGGACGUUCUCAUUGCUUUUUAAGAAAGGGAAGUCAGGGUGCUGAGGGUUAGCCAUCCCAGGAAAUAAAAGCAAAACUGUCUCUUCGUUCAGAGGCAACUUUCUUUUUUUGUCCCGCAGUCUAGCUGCGCGUAUCCAAGGUGGGAGGCAAACCAAUGAUCUGAACCAACCGUUUGGAAAAACCCAAUGGGGACAUUAUACCAGGUGGGACCUGGAGAUGGGGGUCGGUUGGUUCCUUAUCCUCAAGGACACUCUUGUUUUGCUUCGAUUUGUUUUUGUUUGGGGGGAUUUUGUUUGUUUGUUUGUUUUUGGUCUGGGAAUCCAAAAUAGAAAACCUGAUCAUUUAAGGCUCUGAAGGAGAAUCCGCUGCCCCAUCCAACAUGCCCCUGCCAUCAGUGGCCCAGCAAGGAGUACGAGAGUCUUCAGCCAAUGUUUAAACAUGGGCAGCCUUCUUCAGGAUUAUCCCUGAGGCCCCCGUGACCUUGAAUCCCCUACUCUCCAGAAUCCAGGGGCUAAGACGGAGACGGUAGAAAUACGAAGACUGUCACAUUUGCUAUUGGCCGUGACUGGUUCAUGGGGAAAGGGCUCAGAAGGGACUGUUCCGGUGCACACGGAAGGUACGGACCUCUCAGGCUUUUAGAAGAACUGCAGUAGUUCACACAAGCUUGUAGUUCACACAGAUUCUGAAGAUCCACGUGUCCGUCUGGAGACUGUCAGGAAGAACGUGUUGGGUUCCUCUGUGUCCGUGCCACUUCCCUGCGGCCAGGACGAGGUCAUGGCCUCGGGCUCCCUCUGGGACUUGUGCAGAGGGUAGGCAAGCACCUUUACCAUUAACAUGGAUUGAGGAGACACUGGACUUUUUACCCAUUUUCUUGAAUCUUCAAUAUUAAUGUUGUGUUUACAUUGAUGAGAACAAGAGUCCACGCCCUACUUUGGGCAGGGCUGUUUGUAUUGAGUUGCAAUGUGACCAGCGAACGCUGCAUUCAAUAAACGAAAGUCCGGACUGUUUCUUCCCCGCUCCCUCCCACUCCUAUAAGAAGCUGCCGAGACACACGCCAGUGUAGAGAGCAAGAUCCAUAAACGGCAACCUUACACUGUUCUCCCGUUUUGUUUUUCUCAUCCUUUGAACCUUACCCUUCUUUCCUCCUCUUCUGAGGUUAGAUCUCGCUUUACGCUCUCACCCUCAAAGCAUCUUCAGAGUCUCUGUCCAGCUUCGGUCUCAGCACGGAAGCCGGACAUUCUCUAUCCCAGAUGCCAGCAAGCUAAAUCGUGGUAAUCACUAGAGCAAGCCCCCAACCCCUCUCCCGGUGGUCACGUGACACCCCACAGCGCUCUGACUUCCGAGCCCCUCCCACAUGUUAUGUGCUAAAGUGGAGAUUUCACUUAGAUGUAUUUUUUAAAAAAACUUAGGAAAACAAUGAUUUGGACUAAUCCUCACACAGAUGCGGAUAAGUUUCUGUGCCUGUACAUGUAUGCGUGUAUAUAUAUAGCAUAUAUGUGGCAUGUACAUCACAAAAUUAAUACACGAAUACUGUAAAAAGUAAAACAUCACAAAAGUAUUCAGAGUGUGCGUUAAAGUCCCUUUCUCCAUGGGUGUGUGAGAGCCGGCUCCCGCCAACGCACAGGACUUACCGUGUGCAUCUCUUUCCUACUCUUGUGUUCUGAGCUUCACAUUUGUACGUUGAAAUUGGCCAUGAUGGAAGUAUUUACGCCAUGGCAAUCAGAAAACCACAAAUCAGGGCACCCUCACCACCCCAAGAGCUGUUGUUAAACAUUUACCAGCAUGCUGAUGCCUUUUUUCUCUUCAUGUGUGUGUGUGCGCGCGCACACACACACACACACACACACACACACACACACACACACUGUCACUCACUCAAAAAUCAUCUUUUCUAGAGAAGACCAUUGUUGAUAGAUGUAACUUUUAAUCAGUCACUACCAGCUACUUGAGCCAAGUGGAAAUGUACUGGUAGUACUGGUUCCUUGAUGUUAAAAAUCAAUUUUUAAUCCCAUAAGCCUUUUAUUUUUUACGUGUUUUACAGCCCCUGAAUCCUGCCCAGCCACUUUGCUUUCACUUGCCUUUUUAUGGGUAGAGUCUUGACCAUAUAACUUACCAUACAGACUGGGUCACAUCUGAGAGUAAGAGUAGGUGCUAAGUACUUUGAGACAAUAGGUAUACAUUGGAGGACAAUGUAGCUUAAUGUACCCUGAAUUUAUUUUAUUUCUAUUUUUUUAGAUUUUAUUUAUUUAUUUGCCAGAGAGAGAGAGAGAGCACAAGCAGGGAGAGGGAGAGAAGCAGGCUCCCCACUGAGCAGGGAUCCCGGUGUGGGACUCGAUCCCAGGACCCUGGGAUCAUGACCUGAGCUGAAGGCAGACACUUCACCGACUGAGCCACCCAGGCGCCCCUACACUGAAUUUAUUAAAGUCAGAAACUGACUCUCCGUAUCAACAGGAGAAAAAAUCUUACUUCCCCAAAGACAGGUGCCUGACACAAAGAAGCUGGUCUCACUGAAGGUUAGAGCUCAGAUGCUGGCUAACGCCCAAGUUCAACUCAGAGGCUGCCAACCCAGGGGAGGCUGAGGUCUGCAGAGCCCGCGGCGUGAAUUCCCAGAACUUACACUGGGAGAGCAUCAGCUUACUGCCAGCCCCAGUUCAUGGGCAGGCGGGGCUGCAGCCCUCUGGGCAGAGGCAGGUACCAUGCAUGGUGAUUCCUUAGUCUCAGUACCCCAGGGCAAACCAAGCUUAUAAAUGGGUCACCCUGAUGUUUUCAUGCUUCAAUAAGCCAAGACGAUCUUGGGUUUUGGCUGGGAGGAAAGAAAGGUUUCUCUCACUUAAUCCCCAUAAUAGUCAGUGUCUGGGAAAGCUAAGAUUCAUUGAGUAACCACUAUGUAAAAGGGCUUGUUGCAUGCAUUAGCUCAUUGAAUGCUUGCAGCAAAACUGCAAAAUGAAACUUAGUGUUUAUAGAUGAGGAAACUGAGUGAGCUCUGGGAAAUUAACUUCCCAAAAUUCACAUCGUCACUAUAUGGCAGACCCAGAAUUCAAACCCAUGCCUACUUGGAUGGAUCCCAAACCACAUAACCUGCAAUGCUGCUCCCUUCCCCAAUAAGAAAGAAUAUAAUGAUAAUUUUAUGUCAUCAUUAAUGUCUUUGAAGAUUACUAGAAUGCCAACUCAUUCUG